AUGCAGCCAUUUCUUCCUGGAUACUUCUUCUCCAUCACCAAUGCCCAAAAAGCCAAUAUACCCCGACACCCAAAAAGGAAAUUAGGGCACCAAAACCAGGGCUACCCCUCCAUCGCCGCGAUAGUCUCCUCCGACUCUCCGCAGAAUCAAACCAACAACAACCACGCAACCCUAACCAUGGCCCCAAUCCCCAUAACAAUCGUGACGGGCUUCCUCGGCUCAGGCAAGACAACCAUCCUCCUCAACCUAAUCCCCCAACUCCCCAAAACCUACAAACUCGCCCUCCUGAAAAACGAAUUCGGCGAUGUAGCAGUGGACUCGCAGCUUGCCUCGACGCAAUCCAUCAGCGGCGUCCGCGAACUACUCAACGGCUGCAUCUGCUGCAACCUCGUCGGCCAACUCAGCGACGCCCUCGACCAGCUACGCUCAGAAGUUACCCCGGACCGCAUCGUCAUCGAGACAAGCGGCAGCGCGUUCCCGGCCACCCUUGCCAUGGAGGUGAAUCGGCUUGCGCGCGAGGGAGGGAAUUUCGUUCUCGACGGCGUGAUUAGCGUUAUUGAUGUGGAAAAUUGGGAGGGAUAUGAGGAUACUUCGUAUACGGCGAAGAUUCAAGCCAAGUAUACGGAUUUGAUUGUUUUUAAUAAGUGGGAGGGGCUAGAGGAGAAGUUUGAUGUUGCGCUUGAUCGUGUGGGCGAUUUGGGGGUUGAGACGCCUUGGGUGAAGUCGAGUAAGGGCAGGGUUGAUGCGGAUGUUUUGCUCGGGAUUGAUGGGGCGCUGUUCAAGGACGCAGAGGCAGAGGCUGGGAAGAGUCAUGAUCAUGACCAUGACCAUAAGCAUGAUCAUCAGUCCGAGGUUGAGGUCUUGUCUGUUGUGUUGAAGUCUGCUGGGGCGAUGGAUGUCGCUGCUUUGGAGAAGUUCCUCGGUCUCGCGCCGAGGGAGGAGGUCUAUCGCAUUAAGGGCAUUGUUCGCUGCUCGAACUUGGAUCUUCCUGCGGAGACUUCUGAUGACUUGCAGGCAAGACAGAAGAUUAAUACCCCCGGGGUGCAGCAUUACAUUCUGAACUGGGCGUUUGGACGCUGGACUUGUACGCCCUCUGCUGUGGUUGCGGAGUCUGCGGACCCGGCUGUCGCUGCCCGCAUUACUUUAAUCUUGGCGCGGUAUGAGUCUGCCAAAUGGAAGAAGAAGCUUGAAGCCGGGGGAUUAAUUCAAGCGACUGGGGGUGACGUGGAGCUGAGUGUGGAGCGUUUGGUCUAG